AUGGCACUUAACUGCUCGCUGAACGCACUCCAGGUGCCGGCUCUCCCAGGCGCCAACAUCACUGCUUUCGAAGUCAAUCUGGUUCAGAACUACACCGGCGUCGCCACCUCAAAGCUCUACAUCGGGCACCCGACUGUCUCCGUCGACAACGCUACAUUCUGCAACGUCACUGUUUCUUACGAACACAUCGACGGAAAUGACACCGUAAACGUCGAGACAUGGCUUCCCAUGGAUAACUACAACGGUCGAAUUCAAGCCAGCGGCGGCGGAGGCUGGGUUGCGGGUCGAUUCCAAAUCACUUACGCCAGCAUGAUGGGAGCCCUCGGCGAGGGAUAUGCCACUUCGACAACAGAUGCUGGACUCGGUCAGACUCCAGACAGCUGGGCGCUGACCGCGGACGGUUCGCCUAAUGUGCAUGCUUUGGAGGAUUUGGCAUCGAUCUCGCUCCACGAUCAGGCUAUCCUGACGAAAGCGGUAGUCGAGGACUUUUACGGCCAGCCUGCCGCAUAUGCAUACUGGAAUGGCUGCUCCCAGGGCGGCCGACAGGGCAUGAUGCUCGCCCAACGCUACCCGGACGCCUACGACGGGAUUCACGCCUGUGCGCCCGCUGCGAACUGGAACGAGCUGUUUGCGUUCACUCUGUGGCCGCAGCUCGUUAUGGAGUGGGCCGACUAUGUACCUCGCCCCUGCGAGCUGGACGCCCUAUCGAAGGCGGCCAUUGAGGCUUGCGAUAAGCACGACGGUGUCUACGACAGCAUGAUUUCCGAUGACUCGGCUUGUGACUUUGACGCGUUGUCUGUGGUCGGACAGGCAUAUUUCUGCGCGGAUACAAACACGACAGAGACCAUUACCAAGGAGGCGGCUACGAUUGCUAAAGCCACAUGGACCGGUCCACGGACCGCCAACGACGACUUUGUGUGGUACGGAACCAACACGGGGAGUCUGCUAGGCACUUCAGGCGAAGGACUGACAACUGCCCUCGGUCCAGCCAUGACGUCCUGUUCCGAAAAUGGGACUUGCAUGGGCGUGCCACUCGGUCUGGGCGAUGUUUGGCUGAAGUACUUUGUCGAGAAGGACGCCAACUGGGAUUAUAGAGAGAUGACACCUGCGGAGUUUGACCGUGAUGUUGCCAAGUCGAUCGAGCUGUAUGAUGCCAUCAUUGGCACGAAUGACCCCGACUUGACGAGCUUCUACGAAAGUGGCGGAAAAAUUCUUGGAUUUCAAGGCAUGAUGGACCAAGUUAUCCCCGUUAAGGGAACCGAACGCUACUACAACGCAGUAUCAAAGGUCCUACCGAACGUGGGUGAGUUUUACCGCAUGUUCGAGGUGCCGGGUCUACUGCACUGCUCAGGGGGCAACGGCGGGCAGCCGAGCAACACUUUCGAUGCCCUGCGCGCCUGGGUUGAGAACGGCACUGUUCCCGAGUCGCUGCCCCACCUGUACACGCCAGUUGAAGGUGGCCCUGAGUUUGAGAGGCUCCUGUGUCCGUACCCCCAGAUGGCCGUUCUCAAGAAGUGUGGGAGGGAGGAGAUUAGCCCGAAGAUGACUACCAGGGCCGGGGACUACGUUUGUGUUUGA